AAAAUAAAAAAAAAUAAAAAGGGAAAAAGAGAGGAAAAACAAGGACCCCUCUUCUUUCGUAUCUGGUCUCAAGAAAAAAACAUCUUCUCCAAAUACCAACUUUAUCGGACACCUAAAUUUUCUCCAUCCUUCAUCCGUUCUCUGUCUCCUGCAAUUAUGGCUAACGCUGCAUCUGGGAUGGCUGUGCAUGAUGAUUGCAAGCUGAAGUUUCUAGACUUGAAGGCAAAAAGAACCUACCGCUUCAUCAUCUAUAAGAUUGAAGAGAAGUCAAAGCAAGUUGUUGUGGAAAAGCUUGGUGAACCAACUGAAAGCUAUGAGGAUUUCACUGCUGGCCUCCCUGCUGAUGAGUGUCGGUAUGCUGUCUAUGACUUUGAUUUCAUGACAGCAGAAAACUGCCAGAAGAGCAGAAUAUUCUUCAUUGCUUGGUCACCUGACACGGCAAGGGUGAGAAGCAAGAUGAUUUAUGCAAGCUCCAAAGACAGGUUCAAGAGAGAGCUUGAUGGAUUCCAGGUAGAGCUGCAAGCAACUGAUCCUACAGAGAUGGGGCUCGAUGUUUUCAGAAGUCGAGCUGGCGGAAUUGAAUGUUGAGUGCUUGAGUGUCUUGCUUAUGUUAAAGUGAUUAUAGUUUGUGGGGGAAGUAGAACUUGGUUAGUUAUACUACCGGCUUGUCGUUCCCGUUCAUUUUACUCUUUUAAGUCUCUUCUUAUCAGAGAACUUCAAUACUCUUUACUCUGUUAUAUUGUUCAUGAAAUCAAGGAGCUAUCUUGUUAUUUUGA